AUCACAAAAUGGCCGCGUCUACGAAGUGAUGUGUGUUUCUUGGCGGUGGCAAACUGGGUGCUGAAUAACAGAUCUCGUCUGUAAAUGUGAUUGUUGGCUGUAUUUGUGUUCAUUACCUUCCGGUUAUUCACCGCACAUAUUAUUACAGACAUUAAGAGUCUUCUCUGAGCCAGGAAUCUGGAAUGUCUGCGGUAGGGAAGGUGCUGAAGGCCGGCCUGUCCCUCUGCCAGUCGGCGCUCUUCCUGUCGGCCCGCUCCUUCUCCAGCGGCGUGUGCAGUAGAAUUCGUAUGCAUGCAAUUCCUCAGCCGAAGAAUAUAGACAGAUGGACGGAGAAGCGCACCAUGUUCGGUGUGUAUGACAACGUUGGAAUUCUUGGUAACUUUAAGGCUCAUCCAAAGGACUUGAUUGUGGGCCCAGUGUGGCUGCGGGGUUUCCGUGGCAUCGAAUUACAGCGCUUGACACGGAAGAAGAGGAUGGUUGGAGACAGAAUGAUGGCAACAGAUCGUCACAACCUGGAGAAAAGGAUCCGCUACCUUUACAGGCGCUUCAAUAGAUAUGGCAAGCACCGCUGAUCAGCGUGCGCUUCCCGGCCUGGCGGCACUCGCAUGGACUCAGGAGUUGGUCCUGUUGAAAUGGGCACAGGUGCGGAAGACGUCAUGCUGUUUGUCUGAAGAAUUUUCUAGUGUUUUCUGCAUGUUUGAAGUACCAAUAAAUUUAUUCCAAG